AUGGUAAGGAACCCAAGGAUAUUUGAUUUGAGAUUUAACAGAACAUGGAGUGAAUAUAAAUACGCAUUUGGUUUCAAUUUGAACUUGUGGAUGGGGCUAGAGUGGAUGCAUAAAUUAUCAUCGUUCUAUAACGGACCAAAGAAAGUACAAUUGUAUUGUAGUAAUGGUGAUACCAAUGUUGGAUUCAGUAUCUUGUAUGAUUCAUUUACAUUGGAUGACGAGUCCUUACUGUAUAAAGCUACUGUUGGGGCUGUAAGUGAUGCUUCCGGUGACACACUAGGCAGUCCGAACCUUCAACGUUUCUGUACGUAUGACAGACCUUGCAAUGACCUGCCGAACAUCACUAUGGGUGGUUGGUGGUAUGUAACUAAUUUAGAGAAAAACGCUCUGACUCAUCCCGCAACUCAUCUUUAUUGUAGGAAAAACAAUAUUGAUUUUGAAGCUCAUAGUAUUUCUAUCGCCUACCAAUAUUGA